AAGGGCAGUCCCCGGGACGUACAGCUGAAGAACAUUGCCAACAAACUCGACGGGUGGAUGGAAGACUUUGAGAGGCAGAUAUGGAAGCUCACCGGGGUGAGACUAUUCGUAUUCGCCGCGUUCAUGGGAUCUGAAAAGCCGACCGUGACAUGCUUUGAUCACAACGACAAGUUUGGUGCGGAGGCUCGAACAGGCGAACCGUGCAUGCGCUUUGUGGACCGUCAUCCAAAGUUCAAGGAAGGUCACACCUACGACUUCUUUGUGGAGUAUGCCGAGUAUGCGUUUGACACUAAACCGCUCGAAGCAGACGAGGCAGCCUCAGAGGAAGAGGCGGUGCCGGGCGAGCCGGAACUGGCCUUUGAUGACGAGAAUUAUCCGCUGCUGCCAGAUCCCGGGGACCCGUGCUUUGCAAAAUUGGGUCAACGGCGACGGUUUAUCAAGCAGUUUGUGCGGGUUACCUAUGAACGAUAUGUUGGCCGCUCGGCCAGGGUUCCGUGGCUUGCGCUCGCUACCAACUCCAACGACUACAUCGACCCAGUAUAUCUCCCCGAAGACAUCAUCCUUCGUGAUCCCGAGAAGCUACGGCAGGACGAGAUUGGGGCCCUCAUCCGUCAUUGGCGCACGCGGCAGCAGGACGAAUUUCCGGUGUUUCGCUUUAGGGCGUACCGAAACGGCGAGGGCAUCGCUCAGGAACGCAUCAUCCUCCCUCCUCCGCCGCCAAGUCCGCCACGGCCUCAGCGGCGCCGGGAACGAGCACAGCCCAGCCCACCUGUCGCCGGCCCUUCCCGAGUCCCGAGACAGCAGCGCCAGUCCAAAACGGGUCCAUCCGGGCGGCGGUUGGAAUCGUCAACCUCUGGGAGUGAAUCUUCCGAGCCCCGGCACGCUGUCCAAAUGACUCGACUCCGAGAACAGGACCGGUCCAGCAGUUCGAGUAGCAGUGAAUCACGCACCAGCAAUGGGUCCGAAUCGAGCAGUGAUACCAGCAAGUUAAAUGAUGACGACGCCGACGACGAUGACAAUGGAGACACGACUGGGCCUGAGGACGGGGAUGAUCAUGAUGAAGAUGAGGAUCGUCCGUCGUCCCGUUCUCUGAUUCCUGCCCGAGAAAAGGGUAAGGGUAAGGCCGAGGACGACGAUGAUGAGGAGGAGAAUGAUUCAUCGCCCCGCCGUCGGAUUCCUGCUAAGAAGAAGGGCAAGCACAAGGACGAGGAAGAGGAUGAUGGGGAGCAGGAUCCUCCGGCUUCCAGUCGGCGCAUCAACGCGCGGAAGAAGGGGAAGGGCAGGGCUGAGGAAGAGGAAGAUGACGACGAGGAUGCCCAGUCGUCCUCUGGUCGAACUUCGGCGAAGAAGCGCGGAAAAGGGAAGGCCGCCGACGCACCUCCUCCUCGUACCUACGCCACCAGGGAGAAGCCGGGUCCGGCUGGUAUCGUGCGCCGCAAGGAGACUGGUAGCGCGAUGACUGGCACCUCAGACGGUCAAUCUAGGGCUGUAGGCCGGAGCAAUCGACAGGAACAGAGGUCUGUCGCGGGAACAUCCAACCGCUCGAAUCAACGCAGGCCCAGAACACCGGAUAAUUGGAGCCCGGCAGAGGUGGGAGCGACUUUCGAGGCGCGACAGGCGUUUCUGCUCGAGCUAAGCAGACAUCCAACUUUCAAACAGAUGGUUGCUGCAAUCCCGAACUUGCCGGAAGUUGGAUCCUGGAAGUCGGCGCCGAAGUUCGAAUGGGCAACGUGGUCAUACCCAGAGGCUUACUGCAACAGGGCCAUUCAUCAAGAGAAGGUGCUGCUGAAGGUCUUUCGGGGGUGGCUCACAAGACACCGGACAAAUCUCGAUACCAACACCAUGGGCCGGGAAGACGCACAGGCCAUGGCGUUGGCGAUUGGCAUGCUAGCUAGAGAUGUUGAGGAGCACUACGACGCGAGGGUACAGCUCAGAUACGAAGCAGACCACGUGAAGACCACGAAGCUGCCGGAAACCUUUGUCGAGACGGACCUCAUCCCACGGUGUGCCGACAUACUCCAGCGGUGGCAGGACGUGGCCGCUAUGAAUGAAAACGGAAAACGAACGCGGACCGAGACAGCAAUGGAGAAUGCACCAGCGACCGGCUCGCAGCGCCGGAAAUUGAACACCGAGAAUACGGGCGCCGAGACCAGGGAGGUUAAGAAGCCGGUAAAGAGGGUGCCGAAGGGAUCUCAUCGUGGCAAGAAGAGGGGCUAGAUGUUGAUACAUGUACUAUUGACACCGCACGAAUUGAAGUUCGCACUUCCCGCGCAAUUAAUGAUUUCCACACA